AUGAGUGAUGUAAGCAACAGUGAUAGUCUCAUGGAGGAGGAAGACAUUUCUACAUUUGAGGAAACAGUUGAAAGGUUCGAGUGUAACGUGUGUGGAAAAAAUUUAAAAGCUUUAAAACAUUUGAAAAGGCAUUACUUGAUACAUGCUAGUCCGAAAAAAUAUGAAUGUGACUUAUGUAAAAAAAUAUUUCCUCAAAAACUAUAUCUACUAAAUCAUUGCAAGACUGUUCAUUCUACAGAUAAAUUUUCUUGUGAUUUAUGUAGUCAAUCAUUUAAAUUGAAAUCUCUACUUGUAAUACAUAUGCGUCUACACACAAAUGAAAGGCCAUAUGUUUGUACCAUUUGUGGUAAAGCUUUCUGUGAGAAAUCCAAGCUCAGAAUCCAUUCAAAGAUUCAUAGUAAUGUCCGACCAUACAACUGUGAAAUUUGUCAAAGAAGUUACAGUCGAAAGUCAUCUUUAGAAUACCACCGGGGCAUUCAUAUGGCUAGACCGUCUCUACCCUGCAAUAUUUGCAACAUGAAAUUCUCUUCAAAAUCAUCCUUGACUGCACACUUACUUAGACACUCUGAUAAUAAACCUCAUGUGUGUAUGCAGUGUGGGAAAACAUUCAGAAGGGCAUGUGAUUUACGUGUUCACUAUCGAACUCAUACAAAAGAAAAACCAUAUGAAUGUAAUAUAUGUCACAAAACAUUUUCCCGUAAGCAUCAUUUAACUGUUCAUGGUAUUGUACAUAAAGAGAAGGAUACAACUGGUAAUAAAUCAAGUUCAUUCUUCUGUGAAGUGUGUGGCAAGAACUUCUUUAGAUUCUAUCAUUUAGAAAAACAUAUUCAUAAACUCAAACACUUUAAUUUUUAUAAUUGCAGUGUCUGCAAUCAAGAAUUUGUUGGUAAAUCCCUUUUAGACAACCAUCUUCUCUAUCACACAAAAGAGAAACCAUUUUUGUGCAAUAUUUGUUAUCAACCAUUUUUAAAUGAAUCUCAUCUGCAACAGCAUAGCAGUUAUCAUGUAAAUAGUGUUGUAGUGAAGCAGCCUCUUCCAUGUGAGUCAUGUGGGAAAACAUUUUUACGGAAAUGGGAUUUGGUAAUACACAAUCGCGUUCAUACAAAAGAAAAGCCAUAUGAGUGUACAGAUUGUCAUAAAAAAUUUUCUCGUAAAUAUCAUUUAAAUGCUCAUCUUCUUAUCCAUAAAAAAGAGAAAUUUAUAUGUCAAAUUUGUAAUAAAUUCUAUUAUCAGAAAACUGCUUUAGAAAAUCAUCUCCUUAAGCAUUCUAAUGAAAAACGUUUUUCAUGUGAACAUUGUGGAAAAGCGUUUUCUCUCUUGAGAAAUUUAGUUUCUCAUACACUAACACAUUCCAAAGAAAAAUCUUAUGCAUGUGAAGUAUGCAACAAAUCUUUCACCCGCAAAGAUUAUCUUAAGGUACAUUUUCGUUCUCAUGUGGAAGAACCUCAAAUGUGUAAAAUGUGCUGCCAAACAUUUUCAAGUAAGCGUGAUGUAAUUGCACAUCUUCAGCUCCAUAUUAAGAAGGAACCCUAUGCUUGCGAGUCAUGCUCUUUAAACUUUAUAAACAAAGAUGAUUUGAUAUCUCAUUUGCGUACCCAUUAUAAAGAAAAAUUGCAUAUAUGUGAGGUUUGUGACAAAGUUUACGAUAAAAAAGCCAUGCUUACUGAUCAUAGUCUUACACAUGCAAAUAAUAGACCGCAUAUCUGUGAUCAGUGCGGAAAAUCCUUUAUGCGUAGAAACAAUUUGUUAGAGCAUAAGCAUAUACAUAAUGAUGAAAAGCGUUACAUUUGUGUGCUCUGUAAUAAAGCAUUUAGAAGAAAUUCUCAUUUGAAAAGACAUUCUAUAACCCAUAUUAAAAAUAUUUCUGGUUAUUGUGUCCCAAAAUAA